AUGGCGUUCUUUUCUUCUGUUUUUAAGAGAUUAAGUCGUUUGAAAAGCAUGGGGUCUGAUAAUUUGGAAACGCCCAUGAACAGAUGUCUUUCCACCUUCGAUCUGACAAUGAUUGGUAUUGGUUCCAUGAUGGGAGCAGGUUUUUACGUUCUUACUGGAACUGUUGCCAAAAAUACUGCUGGUCCUGCAGUCAUUGUAUCAUUCAUUAUUGCCGGAUCGGUGGCACUACUCGCGGCAUUCUGCUAUGCGGAAUUCGGGGCAAGGAUUCCCCAGACAGGGUCGGCUUAUACAUACACGUAUGUUUCCAUGGGCGAGUUUUGGGCAUUUCUGAUUGGCUGGAACAUUAUUCUUGAAUACUUAAUUGCUGCCGCAGGCAUUGCGUCGUGCAUGGAGUGGAUACUUUGA